AUGCCGAGCAUUAAAGCAACGAAAGUGCUCCAGAAACGCUCCGAUGCCGCCUUGGAAUCUUUUCAUGCUUACUAUGUGAAGAUUUGGGGCGAAGGGAGAUGGCACAAUUCGCUGUUCCCUGCUCUAAGUCAAUCGACACGCUAUUGUGCGCUGAUCAAUCAGUUUGGGAAUGCUAGUGAGACGAUGUCGUUCCUUCAGGAGGGUGCAGAUGAUCAGCUCAAAGAAGAGGAUUGCUUACAGUGUUUGAGGCAAAACAUGGGUGAGUCUGCUGGGAAGCUCUCGGUAGUAACGAGGUCGUCUGACAAGACCUUCCCUCGCGCUAGGCUGGUCGAAGGGUUACACCCAGAAGAGACUGUGCUCAGCCAUUGGGCAUUGGAUUUUGCAUCCGUGCUGGCAGCCAGUAUUCUGAAUGUGGAACCCCGUGAUCGAGUGUUAGACAUGUGUGCUGCACCAGGUGGUAAAUCUAUUGUCCUCGCCCAGCUACUUUUUCCCACUCUGAAGUCGGACGAGGAGAAUGAUCAAAAGUCGAUUCUGCAUUCCAAUGAAUACGACUCAAUGCGUUGCAAAAGACUUACCUCGAAUCUACAAGCUUAUUUGCCCAAGAUAUUAUUUGCUAACAAAGCAGUCAAGGCUUUGCAGCUAGAUGGCUCUACCAAGACGGUAGUGAACGAGCUGCCAUUAGGAGAGGGUGGUUACGACAAAGUAUUGCUAGACGCACCCUGCUCUUCCGAGAGACACAUCGUUCACGCAUACCUUGCAGCGCGAUCGAGCGGCCGGAUUGCGGACGAGAUGGCAAAUUGGAAACCAAGUCAUUCGAAAAAGCUGGCGAAAACUCAAGGCGCUUUACUGAUGACAACCCUGAAAGCUGUCAAGAUUGGUGGCAGCGUCCUAUACGCGACAUGCUCUAUUUCAAUCGAGGAAAAUGACGGCGUCAUUGAGGCAACUCUCGAUGCUUUGGGGCGAGAGCAAGACAAAAAUCACAAUCGAGAAUGGCAGAUACAAGUUGACAGGCAAUUGGAGGAUCGUCUCGAAGCAAAAGCGACAUUAGACAAGUUCUCAGAAACCACGAAACAUGAAACAGAAAUUGUGAUCGGGUAG